AUGCCCACUCUCCACGAAUAUCUAGGACUCCCCAAUCCUGAACUUGACCGGACGACUUUACGACCCGGUACAAAUACACUCCCUAUUGGUACAUAUGAGAUCGAGGGGGUCCAACCUUGGGACGAUUUCACACUCGAGACUAUUUUAAAUUGCUUUGGGGACAUCCUUCGCCGCGAUUUCGAGGCCAAAGACCUUUAUUAUCCACCCCCUCUGCUUCAACACCACCGCCGGCUAACAGACGAAAGCUGCGUGGAAAGCGUUUUGAAAAAGCACAAUCAUACAAUCAUUGACCGAGCCCUCGAGCUUGCGCAAUCUCGACUGAAGGGCCGGGGGCUUCACCUCCCAAUCUCCAUGUCCUGGGGAUCCCUAGCCGAUGUGCAAGAAGAUCGCAGGCUGCGCCCUGACUGGGCUGGCAUUAUUUAUACCGGACUACCUCCAUAUGAAAAUCGUGUUUCCGGAGAUACGAAACCGUCAUCGAAAUGGAGUUCUGCGAUGAAAGAUUCCGCCUCGGUGAGUAUACAAGAGGAAUAUUGGAAACCAUUACGGCAGCUGCUGCUAUACUGUGUUCGCGUCAACACAAGGUAUGGAUAUAUCAUCUCGGACGCAGAAGCCUUAUUUUUCGUCGGACAAAAUCACAAGAGCCUCCUACGCCCCUCUCUGCGAGCAGAUCAAGACGUCAACCUCCACCAGCGCACACUCGCGUGA